GGGUGGAGUCUCGCUUUUUCUUUCCAGUGUUGGCUGACUUACAGCUCCUAUAAACUAGUGGCAAUUUCUGCACCCCAGCCUGCUCCCUUUCAGUUUCUGAUUUCUAAGUCCAUGUGUCCAGGGCUGCCAGAAAGGAGCCUAUGACUUUCCUCAUCAUCUCUGGGAAUUAGAAAAAGGAAUGAUUUGAUGUUAAUGCGUAUUCCUGAGUGCCGGCCUUCCUCCCCUCUGGACAUAGUCUGCGGCGGGUGUUUGUUGUUUGGUGGAGGAGCUCCCACCCAGCAUGGACCUCAUCGCGCUGCUGAAGUCUCAGUUCCUGUGCCAUCUCAUCUUCUGUUACGUAUUUAUCGCCUCGGGGCUCAUCAUCAACACCAUUCAGCUCUUCACUCUCCUCCUCUGGCCAAUUAACAAGCAACUCUUCCGGAAGAUCAACUGCCGGCUCUCCUACUGCAUCUCCAGCCAGCUGGUGAUGUUGCUGGAAUGGUGGUCAGGCACGGAGUGCGUCAUCCACACGGACCCCCAGGCCUACCCCAAGUACGGGAAGGAAAACGCCAUCGUUGUUCUGAACCACAAGUUUGAGAUCGACUUUCUCUGCGGUUGGAGCCUGGCCGAGCGCUUCGGGGUCUUAGGGGGCUCCAAGGUCCUGGCCAAGAAGGAGCUGGCCUACGUCCCCAUAAUCGGCUGGAUGUGGUACUUCACGGAGAUGGUCUUCUGCACGCGCAAGUGGGAGCAGGACCGCAAGACCGUCUCUGAGAGCCUGCUGCACCUGCGGGACUACCCCGAGAAGUACUUCUUCCUGAUUCACUGCGAGGGCACGCGGUUCACGGAGAAGAAGCACCAGAUAAGCAUGCAGGUGGCCCAGGCCAAGGGGCUGCCCGGCCUCAAGCACCACCUGCUGCCUCGCACCAAGGGCUUCGCCAUCACCGUGAGGAGUUUGAGAAAUGUAGUUUCAGCUGUAUAUGACUGUACACUCAAUUUCAGAAAUAAUGAAAAUCCAACACUGCUGGGAGUCCUAAAUGGAAAGAAAUACCACGCAGAUUUAUACGUUAGGCGGAUCCCUUUAGGAGAAGUCCCAGAAGAUGAGGACAGGUGCGCGGCCUGGCUGCACAAGCUCUACCAGGAGAAGGACGCCCUCCAGGAGGAGUACUCCCGCACGGGCACCUUCCCCGGGACGCCCAUGGUGCCCCCGCGGCGGCCCUGGACGCUCAUCAACUGGCUGUUCUGGGCCUCGCUGCUGCUCUACCCGUUCUUCCGCUUCCUCGUCAACAUGGUCAGCAGCGGCUCCUCCCUGACGCUGGCCAGCUUCGUCCUCGUCUUCUUCGUGGCCUCCGUGGGGGUCCGAUGGAUGAUUGGCGUCACAGAAAUUGACAAGGGCUCCGCCUACGGCAACAUGGACAGCAAACUGAAACACAGCAGCUGAGCCAGGACGCACCGCCAUCCAGAGGGGGCCUUGCAGGACUGGGGGACGCCGCCAUUGUCCUCGGAGGGACCCAGUGGUGCAGCUGGGUGAGCCCCUGCUGGGGAGGCAGGGGCAUGGCCUCAGCGCCAGAUGGGGAGGAAGAUGUGCUUAAAUCCUUUCCCCCCGUGCUUUAGUGGGCUUCGGUUCUCCUUCUUUCUGUGUGAGUCUGUGUGAGCGUGUGUACGUGCGAUGAGAAAGACCACGUGUGAGUGAGAAUGAGGUGCGGGUGAGUGUGAUCAUUCAGAGGGUACUUGAGGUGCAGGGGGAGGGCAGAAGUGGGGAACACUGGGGGAGUUCCCUUCCAUCCUUUGGUGCUGAGUUUUCUGUAACCCUGGAUUGCCACAGAGUGAGAGUCACUUUAGGUAAGAUGACUAAAUUAAAGUGUUUGGCUCCUCUGUGGUGUGUUCACACAGCCCGCGCCCUCCUUCCGUUCAGCCCCUGCCUCGCGUUUUGGAGUCUGGACCACGGUGCUCUGGAGGGUGCUCACAAGGAGCGGUCUGGGGGGAAGAGGGCCCGCGGGCCGGGGUGGCUAGAGGAGGUGGGUUUGCAAACGCAGGAGCCUGCGAGUGUCUGCGUGGAGACGGCAGGCCAGGAGGCUAGCUGAGCCGUGUCCGCGGGACACGGUGACGGGGCCCCUGGGAGGCGGCUCUGGUUCCCCAGUCGCCCUGCAGCGGAGUCUCUCUCUGGCCUAAGUCUUGAAGAUGCGCCCAAUUUCCCGAAGACCCGCAUCUCGACGCUGAACAUUAAAAUAAAGCCUGGGCGUUCUGCAGCGAUUUGAGAGAUGACUUUACAACCUCUGCUCAUCUCGGCAGCAAGCAGAAAUUGGUCCCCAAACAAAUGCAGGCUCACUUUAACAGAGGGCCACGCCGGAGCCCAGGAGCUCCUCUGAGCAGGGUCAGGCUGAGCAGACAUUGUGGUACGUGGUCCCCCUGGGCUUUUGCUUUCCUUCUGGAAGCCCAGACUGCCACGACGCGGAAGAGCUCUCUGCUCCUUGGCACCUAGGACCGUCUUUGGAGUAAUGGUCCACGUGCAGGAUUUCGGCAAACUGCUGCCAGUCAACAGACGCCAGAUGCAAAACCAGAACAAAGAAAAGCAGUAAUAUUUCCGGAGGAGAACAAUUAGAUACCAGACACCAUGGGAUCUCAGGCCAAGACGCCGCAGCACUGGGUGGGCCUGGUGGGUACGUGCGCUGAGCUGGAGAAGCCUUUCUCCCUGGACUGCCCCAUGCCACCCGGUACUUACCUCCUAUUUUGCUGCGAUUAUGUAAGAAGGGAUGAACGGUCCCAUAUCAAAGUUGGCCAAAUACUAUUUAAAGGCUUAUUCUAUUCCGAAUCAUGUCCCACAUUUGCUUUUAGUCACUGAGUGCUUACUAAGCACAAGUGCAGUUACGAGAGGGUUUAAGAGAAGCUCUCUGCUUACGGGACCAAUGAUACAAAUCAGCAGAAGUGAAAAGGGGAACAUCCUGGCGUAGUUGUGGGAAGAGAGUGUUGGUGAGGCUGGGGUGAGUGGACUCUUACUGGAGUCCCCGAGGGCAGGGUGGGGCCUUUCCGGCCCUGCCUAAGGCCACGUGCAUAAGGCCACGUGCCAGUUCCAAACGCGUUCCAAACGCCGCCUCCCCUCAAGAGCAGAGCUCUGCGGGCAGCAGCCCAGGGAUAAGCGCCUCAGGUGUGCACCCGUGUUCCCGCGUGUCGGCUCACACCUGGGCCGUUCUACCCUGGUGUCUGCUAGCUCUGUGGGAGAAGACAGAGUAGAGCAGUCAGAAGCACUGGCCGUGCUCCGAGCUACAAGGUUCACCCUUAAUGGAACCCUGCAGCUAAGUCCCUGUAAGACCUUGUGCGAGCCAUUUUACCUCUGUUUUCCCAACUGUAAAAUGGGGGUGAUGAUAACACCUAUCUCUUGAGUUGUCUCCAGGGUGAAAUGAAGCAGUAUAUGUGAUCACAUUUUAAGACUCCUAAAGCAUUAAAUAAAUAAGGGGGAAAGCUUAGAAAGUUGCCUCCACGCUGCUACUUCUCAAA